GGUCUCAUGAUGCACCACGUGACAGUGUUGAGCACAGCCAUGUGAUUGAAAUGUACCGCAUUAUACAUCAUAUACAUGGCAUACGAAGAUAUCCAGUUGCAUAGGAUGUUAACAUCACUUUGAAGAACCAUCACGGGGUCGCUACUACUGAGUACGUCACUGUCACAAAAGGGCGUACCCUGGCUAAUCUAGGUAAAGAAUAUGAAGCUUUGUGAAAUGCAGUCACUGAGAGCUGUUGGCUGUCAUCGAGCCAUCUUUGGUAUUGCCUUCAUCAGUUACCUGCUAUCAGGGGUUACCCUGACAUCUGGUAUGCAAUGCUCUGGUAUUGCUUCAUCUUUCCGCUUUGAUUGCCACCCUGAAGAGGACGCAAGUCAACAAGAAUGCCAGCGACGUGGAUGCUGUUGGCUGGCAUCCAAAAACUUGGACGAGGGCGUUCCCUACUGUUUCUAUCCAUCAGAUUUCCCGACCUACCAGAUGGGCUCACCGCAGCAAACAGCAUUUGGUUACACUGUGAUGUUAAAACGUACUACCAAAAGUUACUAUCCAAAUGAUGUGAUGCAGCUUCAAAUGGAUCUUUACUUUGAGACUAGCUACAGAUUACACUUCAAGAUAUACGACCCCAAGUCUAAACGUUAUCAGGUUCCCGUCCCUACACCAAAAGUCAGCAAGCGAGUGCCAUCAACAGACUACAAAGUGCAAUUCUUAUGGUCUCCAAUGGGCUUAAUUGUCACCCGUCGAGUGGAUGGUACCGUAAUAUUCAACAGUACCCUAAGUCCCUUGAUUUUUGCAGACCAGUUCCUUCAACUCUCAACCAGCCUGGUCACACCAUACAUCUAUGGUCUUGGAGAACACAGAGGUCGUUUCAGGGUUGCUUCAGAUUGGGAGACCUAUCCAAUGUGGUCAAGAGAUCAACCCCCUCAUGUUGGUGAUAAUUUGUAUGGAGUGCAUCCGUUCCACUUGGGUCUUGAGGGCAGUUCAGGCAACUCCCACGGUGUCUUCCUUCUCAACAGUAAUGCCAUGGAGGUCGUGCUACAGCCUGCUCCAGCACUCACCUACCGGACCAUCGGUGGGAUUCUGGACUUCUAUAUCUUCAUGGGUCCCGGAUCGGACCAAGUUGUCCAGCAGUACACCGAGGUCAUUGGUCAUCCAUUUAUGCCUCCUUACUGGGGUCUUGGAUUUCAUCUGUGUCGCUGGGGUUAUGGAUCAUCAAACAGGACCUUGGAGAUUGUCAAACGGAUGAGAGCUGCUUCAAUUCCACAGGACACUCAGUGGAACGACAUCGAUUACCUAGAUGGACGAAAAGACUUCACGAUCAACAGCGGACCAUAUUCAGGACUGCCUGAAAUGGUCAAGUAUCUUCAUUCCAUUGGCAUGCAUUAUAUUCCAAUCAUAGACCCAGCUAUCUGCAGUACUCAACCUGCUGGGACAUAUCCACCGUAUGACACUGGUAUCGCACAAGAUGUGUUCAUUAAAGACAGCAAUGGAAAACCAAUUGUUGGAAAGGUGUGGCCGGGUUCAACUGUAUUCCCAGACUUCUUCAACAACAAGACCAAGAGCUGGUGGCUUGAUCAAAUCAGGAAUUUCCACGGCAAAGUGCCCAUUGAUGGACUGUGGAUAGAUAUGAACGAGCCUUCUAACUUUGUGGAUGGUUCUGUUGAUGGUUGCUCUACGGAUCCGUACAACAACCCACCCUACACUCCAGCUACACUACUUGGGGGCAAGCUAGAUUCAAGGACCCUGUGUGCUUCCUCCACCCAGGCUAUCGGCAAGCACUAUGACCUCCAUAGUCUUUAUGGAUAUUCAGAAUCCAUUGCCACAAACGAGGCUCUGGUGGAAGUACGCAAUAAAAGAAGUUUUGUCAUCUCAAGAUCAACUUACCCAGGGAGCGGCAAAUACACUGGUCACUGGCUGGGAGAUAACUAUAGUCUAUGGCCAGACAUGGCUUAUUCUAUAGCAGGCAUUUUAUCCUUCAAUUUGUUUGGCAUACCUCUGGUUGGCGCCGAUAUAUGUGGCUUCAACCUUGAUACAACGGAAGAACUUUGUCAGCGAUGGAUGCAGCUAGGGGCUCUCUAUCCAUUCUCUCGCAAUCACAACACACUCGGAGCUAAAGAUCAGGAUCCAACUUCGUUCAGUCAAGAUAUGCAGACUUCAACCAGGAAUGCUCUUCAGCUACGCUACAGCCUCCUGCCAUACAUCUAUACCCUGUUCCACCUUGCACAUACCCAGGGCUCCACUGUGGCCAGACCUUUGUUCUUUGAGUAAGUAUGAAGUGUGUUUGAAAUGGGCUGUACACGUUGACUCAUUGCUCACUUAAUGCCGACUUGGGAAAGUUUAGCUCAUUUCAUGUAAAAAGUUCCAGUCAAUUAUUGUAGUUGUCUACCUGCAUGAAGUCCUUUAAGAAGGUUUCUUAUGCU